AGAAGUAACCGAUCAGUUCGAAUUAGAUACGGAUUUCGGUCAAACAUUGAUAAAACAGUUGUAUUUAUGAAUUUGUCCGUAUUCAUAAAGAAUGACGGAAAAGAAACAUUUUCCGCUAGUCAAACUGAGAGCUGAAUAUAAACCAUUAUUAUCUGUAGUCAACAUAAUUUUGGAUUUUUCAAGGUAGGCCUACUAACUACUACUCGAUCCAGUGAUAACAGUGUCAGCCCAGUAACAUGAUUAGUACAUGUCAUGAUAAAAUCGUUAGUAAUUAGUAACAACUACAAACGUCUAGACUCCGAACUAGGGACAGGGACGUCAUUUGUGUAGGGCAGAGUGGGGCAUUGGCCCCCUCCUGAAUUUGCAGGUUUUUUGGCACUCCAACUCAAAUUUUAAAAUACACCUGACUCUGACACACACAAAAAAACCUGGUUUUACUUUAACUCGCUGUGGCGCCUCCAGUAAUAAAAACUUUUUGGUUUUUCCCCACCCCCCCAAAAACCAUGAAAUGACACCCCUGCUCUGUCCAAGUCUACUCAACUUGAUCCCCACCCCAAACCCGCGUGCACCUGUCUCUGUCAUUUGAAAUUUGCCUAUGCCUCAUUACUAAGUCUUUGGGUCUUACUCUUAGUAUCUUAAACCUAACUAUCAGGGGUCUCUAUCCUGUCUAGGGUCAUAUGAGUAUGAGACCGCCUACUAAACUAAGUUAUUUUGGUCUAUGGCGACUAUGGCACGAAAGUACAAACAAAUGCCAAAAGCUCACUAUUCCGCGGCUGCAGUAGUAUAGUAUAGUAAGUUAAGUAAGUAAGAGCAACAACACAUCCCAGUGGGGACCUACCUACUCUACAUAAAUAUAUGUGAUACAGUUCUUUAUCAUAUACUUUUAUAGUGCAACAUGACAUAAGUUCAAAUGUGUACACUGUACACACUCAUCUCUUUUAGAUUCAGGUAUGGCCACAAGAUAAACCUUUGAGCCUCCGAUGAGACUCCUUAGGCCUGAUCCUUUUAAUUUGAUAUGAAAUAACAAGUAUAUUUCUGCUAUUGUGCCUGAUAUAAAUAAUAGUUAUAUAUUAUAAAGAUUAAAAGAACAUGAACAUGCGAAUGUGAAAUCAUUUGUGUCUGUGUUGUCAUAACUGAAACUUGGGAAUGUUUCAUUAGAAGUAGCUAAAUGUCUAGUUCUGAUUUCUCUAGCACUGCCUCAAUUAACCGUAAAUUAGUAUGAAAACAAUAUUUUCAGAAUUUUAGGAUGAAAUGCCCCCCCCCCCCCUUCUUCCAUGUACCUGCAAAAUUUCCAAAAUAAAUAAUAAUAAAAACCACCCCUCAGUAAAUACAUUAAUAUAUGGAUGACUCCUAAAAUAUAUAAGUGAUAAUUUCAAAUUAAUUAUUUGUUUGCAUUUAUUUCACAGUUUUGUUAUAGCAUCCUCUCCUCGAAUAAAUGUUGAGAUUCACUGUGUGUCUGUGGAAACAAAAGAAUGGAGAAUAACAUUCCGAGUAAAUCAACUUACAUUAAAACCAUCAUCUUGCAGAGGACUUCGAUGGAAUAGUGAUAGAGAGCUCCAGCUUUCUCUUCUUGCAGAUUGGGUUUGCAUUAUUUUUUAAUGAAAAUAUUUAUUUAAAGUACUGUGCAAAGUACUAUUCUAACUUAUAAGUAAAUAUUUGAGAAGCUCUCACUAUUAUGAUUUAAAAAUUUUAAACAUGGUUCUGAUUGAAUCAUAAGAUGAUUUUUUUUGAGGUAAAAAAUUAAUGUGGAGUUUCAAAUGUUACAGAUCUUUGAUGAAAAAGUUAUCAAAGACAUAAGAAAAUGUGUGGAUUUUAAGAAGCAUAUAAAAAAAUGGAAAAGAAAAUCAGUUGUGUGGGUUUUAUUGUUGAUGGUAUAGAAAAUUAUUAUUUUUACAAACUGUGCUAGAGUGAAUAUUUUCUAGUUAAUGUUAUUGAAAACUUGUCCUUGAGUUUAAGCGUAAAAAAGAUUUCACAUAAAUGAUACAAGUAAAUAAAGAAGGUUCAGAGAGAGAGAGAGACUUGGGUCAAUUUAUUAGUGUCUCUACACAGUGAAUAUAAAUUAUGUUAUGUACAAGAAGCUGUAUAGUUAUUUGGAAUACCUUUUACCAAAAAUAAUGUUUUUAAAAUUAAUUUUGAAACAAUGUUCUCAAAGCAUUAUUUAAAAUAUUACAUUUAUUAAAUAUGUCAAUAAAUUUUGCAAUAGAAUUCAGAACAGGGUAAAGGAAGUGAUGCAGAUGGUACAUCAGCUGCAGAGAACAAAUUCAAGUCUUAUAAUCAAGAUCUUCUAGUCUCAAAAAUACAAGUUUCACAAUCACAUUGCUUUUGUGCUGGAUGUGGAGCACAACUUCUAAAAUCUACAUGGUAAUUUUUUGAAGGAGUUAAUUUCUUUGGUUCCCUUUUAUAUCUUAUUUCAUGUCUUCAAUAGCCUUCUUCUUUGUUGUAAUGAGUUUCUUCAACCUUAAUAGUAACAGACCUGCCAACGCUUCCAAUUGUAUUGGAAUUAUACAGUUUUUUACCCCUCCGACCAUCAAACAAACCCCUUAAAAUUCAGAUUUUCCGAACAUUAUAAUUUUUCACCCGUCAUAAAAAUCCUGAAGUGACUAAAAAAAAAAAUCGGGUACAACAGGUGGUGCAUUUUGAUGAUGCCACUUACUUUGUUUUUACCUUUUUUUACUACAUGUCCAGCGACCGGACAAAUAAGUUCUCAGCCUUGUCGCAUGACCGCUAAUAGUCGAUCAGAGUUUAUGUUACUUCAUUUCAACAAAUUCAAGAUAGUCUGGACAAUUACAUGAAAAAGAACUAUGUUCAAGUCAACAAAAGAAAUGCUAGAACCUUUGCUUGUAUAUAUGUGAACAAAUGGUUAAAAAGUGACAUUGUUAAAUAAAGCGUGACAUGCCUUCCGGAUGAAUAUCUCCUGCUUGUAACUAAAAUCAAUUGCAAUGCUAACCUUCAGUUGUCCCCAAGAGCUGUUGGACAAGUACAAAAAGGCCACUAGGGAGAUGCUGGAAAACUGAACUCUUAGCAGCCUGUGUACAUAUGUAAAUAAAAAAUAUAUAUAGAUAUUCUGUUCUGUAUAUAAACAUUUCCAAUAAUUUUUUUCUCAUGUUUUGUGGUAUUCUGUGGACUCUUCAAAGAAAUGGAGGUACAUUUACAUUUCUUUAUUUACUAAAAAAAGGCUUGUGGCAUCUAUGCAUUAGUAUGUAGAUCUUAAACCAGUGCCGUCUCCCCAGGUGCCGGCGCGCACCCCCCUACAGAUUUUUUUCUUGGCAGUUUGGCAGGUCUGUAUUAAUAACAAUCUUUAUGAUCCACUAACAUCCUUAAGAGAUAUUUGAAUACCAGUGUGAUACAAUUAACUUCUUGAGCACCUUCUUGUUUUUGAGUCUGAAAUGGACUAAAUUUCAGACAGUGUGGUAAGGGAAACCCAAAAGAUUCUAAGUUUCUUAAGCACUCCCAGGUGUAAUUGAUGAUCCAAAUACCAAUACUACUCCUUAUUAAGUUACUGGCUGUUUAUCAAUACAGUAAAGUCCAAGGUUAAGGAAGUACCUAAUGUUUCAGAGAGAAAACUCUAAUAUAAAAUGUUUUCAAAAUAAAGUCCAUUUUGAAAUUAUUGCACAGGGCAAUUUUUUUGCCAACAUGCUACAAAUAAAAUAAUUCUGUCAUAUAUCCUAAAUCAUACUGCAUCACUAACAACGGUUAAUGGGUAUAGUGAAACCAUAAAAUUUUAACGAAUUCCAAUUCCAGCAACAGAAGAGUGUUCAUAUAUGUUAAAUAAACUAAAAAAUAAAAAGAAAUAUUUAAAAAUUCAGCUUUGCUUUCUUGAACAUAACAUUUUUUGAUGUCGUUCUCAGUAAUUUCAAAAGGGUUCUUCCUCUGCCUUCAGAGAAUUGGUCAGACUUUGCUGACAUUUGGUUUUGCCAUAAUCACACCGAUGGGAAAGACCACAAUCAUGCCUGUCACGUUCAUGCAGGGGAAAGCACUCUCCCAGAUCAAUUCAAGAAAAUUAAAGACACAGGACUUACUCCAAGGCUUGAGGACUGUUUAGUUAGCAGCUUGUACAUGCUCAUCAGUGCCAGGCAGGUGAAGCCCUGCUCUGUGCAGUGUAAUGCAGAUAGACUUGUAUGCAAACGAUGUGGCAAUUUCAUAGGAUUUGUCAAACUUGGGAGUAAGUGGGGCAGUGAUAGUGACAGGGUAGUAUUAUUGUAACACACACUAAUUAUUUGAUGUGUAGCAUGGUUAACUACUACUAUAUUUAAUUGUCUAGGAUGACGCUAUCACUUGCUUGCAUAAUGUAAUUUAAUUAAUCCUCUCACUUCUCGACUCAACUUGACUGUCCUGUCACACAAUGAGGAUUCAACGUCCAUGAUUAAAAUAACACAGUACUUUAUUUAUUCUACAACCACAUUAAAUAAUAAUAAUAUGCCUUGCAUGAAUAUCCAGGUAACAAUUCCAGAAUGCAAUUAUCACAUAGUUAUAUAAUAUUCCACAGCAUGAUAGAAAAAUAAUUCACUUGAUAGAAAGUUAAAAUACGUCCUCUCUUCUAUCAGACCCAAGAUGUAUUGCCCUGUUCAACUAAAACAUGCAGAUCACUUCCGCUAUAAAAACAUAGUCCCUUCUCUUUACUCGUGAAAUGCUAGUUAAUACUGUUCACUACUCAAAUCAUUACGCUGUCCUGACAUAAUAGUUUCGUGUGCAAAAUUACAGACAACUUGGUCUGUUACAAACACCACUAAUAAUAAUAAUAAUAAAAUAAUUAUUUAAUUCUUUCAGUGAAUUAAAUAUAAUUUUGUGUGCUGUUAUUCUUAGUAUUAUGUUUAAUAAAGCAAUUUCAUUUUUAUCAUCCCAAAAUCUUGGAGACAGCAAGCUAAUACAUAAAUUAGUUGAGUGUUCAAAAAUGUAGUACCGGUAUCUGAUUUAAUUUUCUGGUAAUAUAAAAGAAACUCACAUGAACAAAAAAAUCUAUAUAUUUCAGAUGCAGAUAGUGGGGAUCAAACAGUGCAUUCAUACUUCCAUGAUCCUUUGAAUGGCGUAUAUAAAAUCUAUUUUCAUGCUGUCAGCUUCAGAGAUUCAAGUACGAAAGUGCCCUUAGGUACAACACAAAUACUUCAAGAUGGAGAAAAUACAUCAGACUGCAUGUAAGAGAGCAGCAAGCAGAUAAUUUUCACAUCAACAUUAGCCCUGUCAUUUAUAUUGACUCAAUUAUUUUAAAAUUAUGUACACCUUUACAUUUUGCCAUCCGGUCAGAGAAAUUAUGUGUCUAAAGCAAAUUUGGGUUAUUGAAAAAGCAUGAACUCUAUAUGAUAUCAUAAAUCAUCCAUAGUUCUAAAGGUGAUUAGGACAUUAUUGAUCUCUCACCAUAUCACCCUCUCAAUUUCUCCCUAUUUUGGUCUCUUUUACGUUUUCUUGGAACUCCCGCCCUCUCUUGCCUCUUGUGGAUUCAAUGUCAACACCUGCCUGAUGAUGCUUUUGCAUUUUGUUUAUGUGUCUUAGCUCCACCUGCCAUUCCUUUUCACACUGUCAUAUUCUGUUGACAGAGUAUAUUCCUAAUAUAACAGUUUAGCAUUUGUUAACCUGUCCAGUAAUUUGAUCUGUCUAAAUUCAAGUAUUCAAACUCAGUCUGGUGCCAAAGCUACCUUUGACGCUGUCUGGCAAGAUUCUGUUUAAAAAUGUUGUAGGCACAGAGAGUAUGCUUAUAUCUCUUUAAUUCCAGAUUCCUGCAAGUCUCCAUUUAAUGGCUUUAUAAUUGUUAUUUAUUUGUAAAAAGGAAUGAUGCUCAAAAGGAUUUUUUUUUCAAAAUGAAAUAUGUUCAAUGGAGAUUUGUUUUUUAAGGGAAGGUGCAAGUGAAUAAUAUGGAAAAUGUAAACUUUUUAAUAAAUUUUAUUUUUGUGUUUUUGGUUCCAUUACUUUUUCUCAAAAUAACUUCUUAUAUAACAACAUUCAUUGUAAAAUUGCCUCUGUACUAAUUUCCAGAUAAGCUAAAUCAUGAGACUUUGCUCCUGACUUGGGGAAUUGUUUCUGUGUUCAAAAUGUUUGCAAUAAACUCAUUAUUGAGUUAUUUAAUCUUUUAUAAGCCCACUAUUUAGUACUUUUUCUGGUAAGCAAAGUGGCCCAGCUGCUUUUACAUUUUAUGGAAGUUUUUAUUUUCUUUUUUAUUUCUUCUUCUUUGGUUGUAUGUUGCCGUUAAGAUUGUUUUGUUUUUUUUGGGUUUAGAGUGGUGUUGGGGGGAUAUUUAUUUUAUUUAAUAAGAUAUACCUUUUCCAGUAACCGAGAGCAGUCUAUAGAAGACUUUAUCUCCAGCCUGUUGAAAGACCAAAGCCGAAUGUUCACAAGCUUUCGAUUCAUCAUUAAUUCAACAUUGCAGCAAGAUGGGAAAAGUAAUGUACUUAUAUUGGUUAGUGUCCAAUACCAAGCAUAAUUAAAUUUACUUUACAAAUGAUAAAGCUUUACAUGGGUUAGAGUUUGAUAGUAUUGAAAAAGAAGUAGUGUUCGUUUCAGUGGUCAGCUUCCAGACAUUGUACGGUACAAAACAUUAAUAUUUAAACAUUUCUUUACACAGCUAUAACUUAAAAGAGACUUGAAAUGUGACAAAUGUAAUGAAUGUGAAGUCUCUUUAUUUUAGUGUCAAUGAUUACAGUGUGUAUUAAAAGAUUAUUUGUAGAAUUCUUCUAACUAAAAACAAAUCAUGUACAAUGCAAUGUAUUUUCUGUGAAUGUGAAAGAAUAAAUUAGAAUAAUGGUGUUCAAUUUCAUAUUGUUGUGAUCUCAGAUAAUUUUUACUGUUUACUUAAUUUUCAAAGCUGUGGUUGCUAGAUCAGGAGUUGUCUGUAUUUACCUCAUCGUCAAAUAAAAUGAAAUCAUCAUCUUCAACUGGUUCAUCCCCAUCAACCAUGGAUAAUAAUCAAUCACAUUACAUUGCUCCUGACAUUGUGCCACUUAAAAGUAUGAAGCUCUUGUAUAAAGCCACUUUCCAGCCACUCAAUGAAUCUCAGACAGUGUAAGUCCUUUAGUUUGCUCAUUUUCUAAAUUACUCAAUCAUUUGUUAAAAACAAAGAAAAAAUACUUUAAUUAAAAAUUGAUUUUGGUGAAGUGUCUGCAGGAAAAUCACCAAGGUACAGGAUAAAACUCUGGAAUCUUAUUUGCAUUGUUUACAUUGAAAGCAAAAAUAUGAUGAUCCCAAGGAAACAAGUUUCUUUCAUUGAAAUAUACAUAAAUUUAGCCACAAAGUACCAUUACUUUAUGCUUAUCUUUAUGUAGUAUUAAUCAUUACGUUCUUAAAUGAUUUUUAUUAGUUAGGCUGAUGUUCUUAAUAGAUGCCUUUUUCAUAUUUAAUGUGAUAUCUAAAACUUUUAGAUCUCCUUAACAUAUGUGCAAUUUUCUGUACUGGGCAAUUUUAUUUAAUAAUUAUCAACAUAUAUUUUGGAAAAAUAAAGCAUUAAUUUUAAAUCAUCAAUCUUAGAAAAAAUUAUAAGUAUAAUGUAAGAGUACAAGUCUAAACACUCUACAGCUUUUAUUUUUCCUUUAAUUCAGUUUCCCUUCUUUUGUUUAAUAUUUGCUAUUAUCUAGAUAAAAUAAAAUUUUUGCGUUUUAUUUAGCAAUUUGGCCUCUGUGUUAGAAUAAAAAUUGAUGAAAAUUGCCAGUUAUAUUUGCCAUGAAAAACAGGCAUUAGUUUUUUAAAAUGACCAAGCAAAUAAAAAAAAACCAACUGACUGGCAUUUUUUUUUAAACUUUGACUUUUUAGAUACUUUUAAUUCUUUAGAAAAUCUACAGCACCAGAUGUGUUCAAAGCCUGGGAAAGGGACAAUACUGUCCAUGGAAUUUCAUUACCAUAUCCCUUAUGCAAACAGCUAAUCAGCCUUUUAAUUGCCAGUACCAAAGAACUGACUUUGUCACAACGAAGUUUAAAUGGCUUUCAUGUAAGUAAAAGUUUCAAGAUUAAGAUUUAUGAAGAGUUUCACUUGUUAAGGUGAGAAUGGACUUUUUAUAGAGUUGUAUUAUAAAUAUUGAAGUUGUUAAAAAAUCUAUUGCUUUAAGCUAACACAUGUCAGAUGAUCCAGAAUUUGAUUUGUGCCAGGGGUGAACCCAGAAACAAUAUGUUUGGAAAGGUGUUGUAGGGGUUACAAUUGUUGACGCAAAGUUCAAAAAUGAAAAGUGACACGAAGUCCAAAAAUGAGGUAUUAUGAUAAUUACAGCUGAGACCAAAAAGGUUUGCACUUUCCUGCAACAUGUAUACUUAAAAUCAGCACCUGAGAAAUAUGAUUGGAUGAGCUCCCUCCUCCUGGUUUUAUCCAUUAUUUUUUGUCCCUAGAUUGUUAUGCUCUUAGUGUUAAAUUUCAGUUGACUGAUACAGUACAGGUUUUCUGGUAAUUUGGUUGCAAUGGUUGUGUUGCAAUAUUCAUACUGAUCAGAAUUAAAAAUAAUUACACAUGUGUUUUAAAAAUUAAUUGGUGUGUUGUUGUUUGUUAGAAUUGUAACACAUUUUUUAAUUUUAUACAUUUGUACAACCUGGUUGGUUUAUUUUUUUCAUUUGUGUUAGAAGAAAUAAGUAUGGUAUAACACCACACUGGCAUACUUUUAUGUCUGGUAAAGAUAUUAAAUUAAAUUAAAUUAUACAAAUUUAACUUAUUUUAAUAUAUAUAUUGUACCUUUUAAACAUUACGAAGUAUAAGCAGUGCACAUAAUUUAAUUAAAAAAAUUUUUCAUUUUUCUUAAAUAUAUUUCAGGUUGGCUACUUAAGAACAGGAUUCGUGGGAGACUAAAAAUACUCAAAUGUUAACAAUCAUGUCAAGACCAUUUGUGAAUCUUCUUGUCAACACCAUAGAUGAAUCUUCUUGUCAAGACCAUUGGUGAAUCUUCUUGUCAAGACCAUUGGUCAAUCUUCUUGUCAGGACCAUUGGUGAAUCUUCUUGUCAAGGCAGUUAAUGCUCUCAUAAAAAUAUCUUUUUGAUAACAAACAGAUUUCAGAAAAUAUAUAUUUUUCUAUUUUUUUUUAAUAGUCUUUUUUUUUAUAUAAUAUUAAAUAUUAUUAUUAAAUUUAAAAGACAUUCGUAAACAGCUGCUGUUUUUUGCAAUUCUAGAAUAUGAUGGAAAGCCCUUCAGUUUUUUCUUAAAAUUUUAGUUGGUGCAAUUCUCUGACAACCUUAAAAAUUAACAAUUUGUAAUUGCUAAUUAAAAGAGCUCAGCUGUCUUGUCAUGUCAUUUAUUUUAUUUCUUGAUAAUUAAAUAAGUUUAUUUAGCAAAACAUAAAGACAUUCAUCAAAACUUUAUUGUUUAAAUAUGUUUAUUUCUCACUGAAAUGUAGUGGUAAAUGUAAAAAAGAAGCUUAUAAUUAAUGUCAAUACUACAUAUUAUUUUACAUAUUUCAAAAUUUUAUCAUUUAAUUUAAAUGGUAUCAUAAUUGUUUAAAUGUAUUGUUUCAU